AUGAGGAAAAGAAACGUGCCAGCUGCCUUCACCCGGCGCCAACCGAGUGGGCAGGCCAGCCGGCUAUCACGCGGCAGUUCCACGGCAGGAAUUGUGCAAUGGGGCGAGUCGGGCGGGCGUCCGGGGGUGGAAAGAAGUGGGGAAGGCUUCCACAGUGCCAACUACCCGCCCCAUCUCCCCCGCACCCCCGCCCCCCCCCCCCCCCCAGGGUACUGCGAGGCGCGGCGGCGCGGUCAGGACCACGGAGCUCCGGUGGCCCCGGCCUCGCUUCGCCGUGGGGGCCGCCCCCUCUCUCGGGCAGAGGCCACCGCCACGCGCUUCCUGGGACUCUGCGACGGGCUGGAGCGCGAGCGGGAACUGCCGCCCAAUACGACGCUGGGGGACACGGCUCGCCGCAUCGAUCGCGGCUGGGAACUCCGGGCUCGCACUUUCCGUAAGAGCACCGGGGCUUCCAGCGGCGCCGCGCCCCCGCCCCCGCCAGCCCGGCUGCCCUUUCGAGUGGUGACGCAGCCGGCGGGGUACGCAGAAGUCUGCCCUGAAACCCGGAACCUCCCGGGCCGUGGGCCCCGCCUGCCUGCGCCGGCGCAGCCCCGGGCCGCGCGGCUCUCCGCCGAGACCUGCGCCGGGCUUGGCGCAGGGAGCGGGGACUGGAGACGCGCUGCGAGGGCUGCAUUUCUAAGAGAACCAGAAAGAAGAGAAAUAAUUGGAAUCCGAUACCCAGAGAAUAUUGUUGGCAAUUUGAUAGUUUAGAACAUUACCUGGAAAAUAGAAGGUAUUCAAAAAUAUUCGAAUGAAUCAAUAGUAAGUAUUUUAUGUUCUGUGUCUUGACAUUCUAUAACUGAGCAUUUUGCAGGUCUGAUCUGUGUCAUCUGUUCUGUUGCCUUUUACUCUCUGUGCCUCAUUUACUUGUGUGUUUUAUGGAUUUUGACUCUGAACUCAUAUUCUGUGGAUUUUGCCUAUAGGAAUUCUUUGAAAUAUAGAUUGACGUUGCAUUCAUUCAGAGAUCAUUUGUGUUUACUUUUACUAUUUUCUUGGGAUAACUACUUAUCCAGGACCAAGUUAAUAUUGCUGCUGCUGCUAAGUCACUUCAGUCGUGUCUGACUCUGUGCGACCCCAGAGACGGCAGCCCACCAGGUUCCCCCGUCCCUGGGAUUCUCCAGGC